AUGCGCAGGUCGAUCGUGGGCUGGAAAAAGGCGCCGAACUGGUGCACAUCUCGCUCAAAGCACGACUACGAUGUCCGGGGUCGGGUCGAGUAUCGGCUGGUGGUUAAGGUGGAGGAGGCGCGCGAGCUUCAGCCUCGCGAUGCCAACGCCAUGGCUGAUCCGUUUGUCCGCGUCACUGCCUUUUCCUCCCGUCAGAGCACAAGCACCCACAAGGCCACCCUCAACUGCACCUGGAACGAGAUCCUCCACUUUAACGCCAAACUCACCGAUGCCGAGUUUGAGGCCGCGUCGAUCUUGCUCGAGGUAUGGGACGCCAACUCGUUCCGCUCCAAAGCUAUCAUCGGUCAGUACGCCAUUUCGCUUCCCUGGAUCUACGCCAAGGACAACGGCCAGCUGCGGUCAUGGAUCGGCCUCACCCAGCUCGCCAAGUUCCAGGGCCUCCAGGGCUACCUCAAGGUCGGCAUCGCUGUGCUUGGGCCGGGCGACCCGCUGCCAGAUGCCAUCACCGGAGACGGCAACACGCCCGAGGAGGACGCCAACGAUCCCAUGUCGGUCGAGGACUUGCAGGCCAUGGUCCUCAUGCCGCCGCUCAUGGACCUCGAGCCGCAUCAGCUCACCUUUAACGUCCACAAGGCCGUCGGCCUGCCCAAGCUCGAUCGCAUCGGAUCCAUCGACUCGUUUGUCUCGGUCGCCUUUGCCGGCCAGCGCGGGAAGACCAAGGUCCACAAGAAGGACCGCAGCCCCGAGUACAACCAGGCCAUCCUCCUCCCGGUCAACAUCCCUACCAUGUGCUCUACCAUCGAGGUUGCCGUCUGGGACCGCGAUCGCCUCUCGUCCAACGAUCUCGUCUCGCGGCAGUUUAUCGACUUUGCGCCGCUCCUUGAAAAGCCGCUCAAGCCCAUGUGGCUGUACAUGUACGGCUUUUCCGACGCGCACGACACCUUUGCCGAUUUCAAGGAUGCCAAGCUCUUCCACUCGGACUACGCCACCGAGUACUUUGGCGCCCUCUUGGUCUCGGCCUCGCUCAUUCCUGCGCCGCGCCCGGUCAACGCUGUCUCGGACAUCGCCUGGGCCUCCGAGCCGCCGGCCAUUGGCGUCUUCCUCUGGCUCGACGUUUACGAGCUCCUCGAGGUCCUCGGCAACGACUCGUCCGGCAAGCUGCGCAUCUCGCUCCGCUGUGCCGGCCACGAGGCCGUCGUCUCGUCGCGCAUCGCCUACAAACACCGUCGCGCCGCCGCCUACACCUCGCUCCCGGCGCUCUCGGUCACCGUCCCCCGCAACGCUCGCUCCCGUCCCGACGUCCUUGUUGUUGUCCAAGAGCGCUCCGUCCUUCGCUACGUCGACCGCGCCUUUGCUCGAUUCCCGCUCAACGACCUUCUCGCCGCCGGUCGCAAGGCCAAGCCGGCCUGGCACCAUCUCCGCCCGAUGGAGCCGACCUUUGACGGCGACAACUUUGCCGGCCUUGCCCUCUUCAAGCUCACUGCCGGCGAUGAGGCCAAGGAACACCGCUUCCCGCGGCGCUUCGACCUUGUCAAGCCCGAUCUCGACCCGCACAUCCUCCGCGUCCACGUCUACCAGGGCCGCGACCUCGCACCGACGCUCGACAACGAGGACGAGGAGUUCAUCGACCCGUACGUCUCGGCCCGUUGCGGCAACGGCGCCGCAAAGACAAAAGUCCUUGACGGCGCCAUUGCGCCGGCCUGGUACCAGACACUCGAGCUCAAGGUUAUGCUCCCCGAUGACCGCGAUCUCGCGCCGCUCCUCCACAUCGAGGCUCUCGACGACGAUGCGCUCUCCUCCGACGACACUCUCGGCCAUCUGACCAUCCCGCUCAACUCACUCUCGCGCAACCUCGCUGCCACGCCGUCGUGGUACGACCUCUUUCACGGCACGCCCGAAAACGUCCGCGGUCAGCUCCUGCUCUCGUUCCAGCUUCUUCGCGACCACGAGGCCGACGACUACCCGCCGCCGCGCUCGCUUAUUCCGGAUCUUCGCGACGCCCGCCUGUUUGUCUCGGUCGUCGGCUGUCGCGAGCUUGUUUCGCAUGCCAUGUUCAAGUCGCUCAAGCGCGUCCACGCCACGCUCCAGGUUUCGAGCCCAGACUCGAUGGUGACGACCAAGGCGUCGUCGCACCCGGCGCCAACAGACCCCAACUUUCUGGAGACCUUGACCAUGGACGUUGAGGUUGCCACUCGUGCCGUCUUUGCGCCCUCCAUCACCGUCCGCGUCUACGACCGCAAGUCCAACUUUAUCGGCGCCGCCCUCGUCCCGCUCGACGCUUGGGUCCCCUUCAUCGUCGACCGUCCUAGCGAGCAGGCCCGCGCUGUCAAAGUCGAAGCCUACGCCUCUGCAAAGCGUAGGCUCCGCGGCAAACGCCGCGGCCGGCGGCACUCGUCCGGCUCCGACUACUCGGCAGAUGUCGAUGACGAUGACAGCGUGUACGAUGCCGACGGUGACUAUCCGGCGUCGGAUUCGGCUGAGCAGCCCUCGAGUUCCGAGUCGAUUGUGGCCAAGGCCAAACGCCGGCGCAAGUCCAAGUCCAAGUCCAAGUCCAAGUCUAAGCGCAAGCGCCACGGCUCGUCAUCGGGCAUGGACAUGACCUCGUCCAACCUCUCCGAGUACCACAUCUCGUGGUCGGCAGUUGACCCGACGGUGGCCAACGAUGAGACCGUCCGCCUCCUUCGCCAACAGAUGGAAGACAUCAAGCACGAGAACGAGACGCUCAAAGUCAAGGUCGAGGCCGAGCGGAAGAAGAAGAAGGAAAUCGUCGAGCUCAACAAGACGCUACGCGAGAAGGCAUCGGGCAAGGGCAAGCGCAAGCGCAAGAAGGGCAAGAAGGACAAGAAGGGGAAAAGGGGCAAAGGGGGCAAGUCCGACGACAACGACUCGUCCUCGCAGUCGGGCCUCUUCCUCUGGUCCAACGAGUACGACUCGGACGGCAAUCCAAUCCGCACCAUGCCCGAGACCAAGCUUCGUCGGCUCAAGCUCGACUCGUCAUCUGACGACCUCUCGCCGGAGGACAUGGCGUCGGACGGCGAGUCAAUCGGUGACGAACGCCCAGUUGUCAACGCCGAGCUGGAGACUGUUCUCGACGACCUGCCGUUCCGCUCGUAUCCGCUCUACUACGGCGCCCGCAAGGUCAAGGUCGGCGAGAUCAAGCUCGGCAUCGAGGUCCGGGGCUACUCGGACGUCGACGAGUCGACAUCAGACGACUAUGGUGACGACGAGUACGUGUCCGACUCGGCCGCGAGUAGCGCGUCGAGUAGCACCGAGGAUUCUGACGUGUCUGACGAUGAGGAGGAGAGCUACGAUGAGGAGCAAGAGGCGGCUCGCCGGAAGCGACGCAAGACCAAGGCCCAGCGCAAGAAGCGACGCCGGCGACAGCCGGCCGAGCUCGACUCGCACGUCUCAUCGUCGGACGAGAUGACGGGCUCGUCGUCGCUCGCCUCGGACGAGGACUCUGACGACGAGUCGACGCCGCUCAGUAGCAGCGAUGUCUACCACGAGUCGCCAUCGUCGUCGAGCGACCAGCUGUACGGGACGACCAAGCCGGUGCCGGCUGCCAAGAUCAAGUCUAUCCGGACGGAGCUCAUGGGCGCGCCGCGCCCGUUUGUUGUUCGCGUCUACGUCCUCCGUGCAGUCGGACUUGUGCCGAGCGACUCGUCGGGCUCGUGCGACCCGUUCGUGGUCAUUCGGCAUGGGGCAGGCAAGACGCAGGUCAUCGACGAUGUCAAGCACCGGUUCAAGGCCAACUCGUCGCCCGAGUUUGCGCGGUGCUACCAGUUUGACACCAUGCUGGUCGGCGCAGGCGAGGUGUCUGUCGAGAUCUGGGACUACGACAAGUACUCGAGCAACGACCUCAUUGGUGCGACCAGCUUUGACCUUGAGGACCGGUACUUCUCGCGCAAAUGGCAGAGGUGGACGCUCAAGCCGAUCGAGACGCGCAAGCUGUUCUCGCCGACCUCGCGUGGUGUGCAGAGCGCAUUGGACAUGUUUGUGGACAUCCUCGAGCCGGCCUACGCGCGGCGCAACCCGCCGGUCUCGCUCGCCACCCACCUGCCGCAGCCGUUUGAGCUGCGUGUUGUGGUGUGGAACACCGAGAAGGUCCGGCUCCGCGACAAGAACAUGUCGGACAUCUUCAUCAACAUGCGGUACAACGAGGGCAAGCCGCAAAAGUCGGACAUCCACUACCGGUCCAAAAACGGUGAGGGCAACUUCAACUAUCGGUUUGUCUUUGGCUCGGACGAGGUCAUCCUCGGCGGCUCGCACACCGCCAACGCCCGCCUCAAGAUCCAGGUCUACGACAAGGACUAUCUCAACGCCAACGACGCGCUCUGUGAGGCCAACCUCGAUCUCUCGGCCUUUAUGCGCUCCGCGCGCCGCAUGAAAGACGGCAAGCAGCUGAAGAAGCAGUGGGUCAAGAUGUCGCAUCCGGCCUUUGAGGGGGUCUCGGGUAAGGUCGAGAUCUCACUCGAGCUCCUCCCCGCACACAUCGCGCAGGCCUACCCGGUCGGCCUCGGUCGCAAGGAUCCCAACGCCAAUCCCUACCUCCCGCCGCCCAACCGCCCGCGCGAUUCAUACGCCCCAUGGCGGCUCGACAAGAAGUUUACCAACUUUCUUCUCCAAAACAAGUACUCAAUCGCCCUUGUCACCCUCCUCCUCAUCGCCAUCGCUGUCGGCUGCAUCUUUAUCUACAUCUGGUGGAUCGAGAAGACUGCCGCUGCCGCCACUCCUCCGCCGCCGCCGCCCGCUCGUCUAGGCAUGGGAGUGGCAGGACGGGUCCGUGGUUUUAAUACGGUUGUGGACAUGUUCAUCGAGUCGACGGGCAAGUACAGCUCGAAGAAGGUGCUCGGCUACAAGAACACGUCGCUGAACAAAGAGCCGGAUGUGUACGAGUGGAUGAAGUAUUCCGAGUUGAAGGACUCGGUCACGGCGUUUGCAGCGGCGUUGGCAGCUCUAGGUACUCAAAAAGGUUCUCGUGUCGCUAUCGUCUCCAAUAAUUCCGUCGAGUGGGCCGUCGCUUACUACGCGACUCUCUCGCUCGGCGCUGUCUUUGUGCCCAUGUACGAGGCGCAGAUGCCGUCAACCUGGAAGUACAUCAUCGAGGACUCGGGCGCAGAGGUUCUUCUUGUCUCAAAGCCGGCCGUCUUCAACAAGGCCCUGCACCUGGUCGAUGACAUCGAUCCGCUCCAUGCCAUCAUCCCGCUCGGCGGCCUCGAUCCCGAGUCGGCCCUCCGCGCACAGGUCUCCUUUGGCCUCGACGCAGAGACUACCUUUGGCUCCGGCGCCGCACUCGAAGCUGGCUCGCGCGUUCCCUUUCUCUCCUACCGCGAUGCUCUCUCCUACGGCGCGUCCAUCCGCGACGACGAGCCGCCCAGCCCGCCGGCCGCAGACGACCUCGCCACCAUCAUCUACACCUCGGGUACAACCGGCACGCCCAAGGGCGUCGCCCUCUCCCACCGCAACAUCGUCGCCAACCUCAAGGCCAUUCAAUCGGGCAACGCGGCGGCGGCAGGCGGCGCCGCCCGCCACGCUGCCGCAGGCGGUCGCCCCACCGAGCUCUGGGGCCUCUCGCCAUCAGGCCUCCUCUACGACGGCAGCGACGUCUCGCUCUCGUUCCUUCCCUGGGCGCACGCCUACGGCCAGACCUGCGAGCUCAACUCGCUCCUAGUCGAGGGCGGCGCCAUCGGCCUCGUCGAGCACGUCACGACCAUCCUCGAGGACUUUAAGAAGGUCUCGCCCACGGUCCUCUUCUCCGUCCCUGCCCUCUUCAACCGCAUCUACGACGGCAUCAACAACAAGCUUGCUAGCAAGCCGCCCAUCGUCCGCUCGCUCUUUGAGAAGACCAUUGCACUUCGCACCCGCCAGCUCGCCGGCGCCUCAGGCCCGCCGCUCAGCAUCCUUGACACGCUCAUCCUCAAGGUUCUCGACAAGGCUAUCCUCACCAAGAUCCGCGAGACUUUUGGCGGCCGCCUCCGCGUCGCUUUUGUCGGUGGUGCCGCCAUGGACCCGCACAUCAUGCAGCUCCUCGACGCGCUCGGUAUCACCGUCUUUGAGGGCUACGGUCUCACCGAGACCUCGCCCAUCGCCACCCUCAAUACCCCGGGCGCCCGCAAGUACGGCACCGUCGGCCCACCCAUCGCAGGCGUUGACAUUGUCAUUGCAAAGUCCUUCGAUGGCGACCUCGUCGACGUCGCCCCCUCCGGCACCGACGGCGAGGUCUGCAUCGCAGGCGACAACGUCAUGGUCGAGUACUACAACAAACCCGAGGCCACUGCCGAGGCCGUCGUCGAGAACGCCCGUGUCGGCCCGGGCAAGUCGCUCCGCCUCUUCCGCACCGGCGACCUCGGCCGCCUCGACGCCGACGGCUUCCUCACCAUCACCGGCCGCAUCAAGGAGCAGUACAAGCUGGAGAACGGCAAGUUUGUCGUCCCCGCGCCUGUCGAGGACAAGCUCAACCUCUCGCGCUUCAUAUCGCAGUCGUUUAUCCACGGCGCAAACAUGCCGUCCAACGUCGCCCUCAUCGUCCCCGAUUGGGCUGCUCUCCGCGCUUGGGCUGCCGAGCACGGCCUGGACGCCGGCGCCUCCACCACCUCGCUCCUCGACUCCUCCCGCGUCCGCGCCCUCCUCGACGCUGAAAUCGCCGCCGGCUGCGCCGCCCUCAAGUCGUACGAACGCCCGGCCGCCUGGCUCUACCUCCGCGAGCCGUUCUCCACAGACAACGACAUGCUCACGCCCAAGCUCUCGCUCAAGCGGCACAACAUUCUCCAGACCUACGCCAGCCAGGUCGAUGCUCUCCACGCCGAGGCCAAGACCAAGCCGAAGCGCAGCUAA